UCUUGUUUACAGCAGCGAUUCCACGGAGGAGCGGCGGAGACCCGUAGUGUGCUUUAACCGAGGGCGGACCGUGGGAUUUCAGCCUGUGGAUACACACGCGACGGGAGUUUUUCUUUUUCUCUUUUGUGCGAAGCUAUAAAGGCAAAACAAGAAACACUCUUGGAGAGCAACUCCUUAGACAUAUUCUCCCUCCCCACUCCAGCCGAGGUCGUCUAGCUGGAGAGCUGGAGACCCAUUCUCUUGCGUGGCACAAGUCUGGUAUUUUCUUUCAGUUGCAAAUCCCGACUGACGGCGGAGAUAAGUCGAAGCUGAGGGGCUGAAAAUUUGCUGAUUUUGUUUUUUUUUUUUAAAGCAACUUCUCAUUGCGAGCCAGGACUGCUUGGUUUGGGGGGGUCGAUAGACCCUGCUGUUUGAAUAGCAUACGGAAAAACAGGUUUUUCAUUCAUUUUUCAACCUCACAGCCACCACCCCUGUGGAUCUGUACGCGUUUUCAGCCCACCACCUCCUCACACACACUUAUUCACACGGGGGAUUCUUGUGAGCGACACUGGCUUUAAUUUAUUAUGGUGGUAAAGGCUGCUAAGAUUUAAGUCUGAUUUUUUUGUUUUGUUGUAUUAACGGGCCUGGUCGCGCUGUGUAGGCUACGCGCAUGCUGUUUUUAAGAGAUGGAGAAUGAAGAUGGGGAUUGCCAUCAUUUAUUCAGUAAAAUCAUGGCUUGUGUGCCAUACCAGCCAACGUCAAAGCAUCCUGUGACUGGCGAAAAUAGCAGAGUGUUUUAGUAUUCCAACCCCCCAACGUUUAAAUGUUUUUUGUACACAUUUAUAUAUAUGUUUAGAGCAAAUCCAGACAGAUAAGCGACCACGCAUCAGGAUAUCAGAAGCUUUUGGGCUACGAGGCACUUGUUUUCUCUUUUUCUCCUUUUUAAAAAAAUUUUUUUGUGCGAAGGCUCUGAUUUAUUGAGCUGAUGUGCACAACUUAAAUAUUUUUACUUUCCUUUUUGCUCUCAUUAUUUUUAUUUUUUCUUGAAGAGGAGAAUAAUGUUCAGGAACGUAAAAUCAGAAGCACCGAUGGGUGGCCCGAUCUUGUUUUGGGGUCUGAUGCUGUCUGUCUCCACUAUCUGCAUAUGGUCCACAUAUGGAGAGAUCUGUGGCCCGGAUAUCGACCUCCGAAACGACAUCGAUCAAUUUAAGCGUCUUGAGAACUGCACGGUGGUGGAGGGCUACCUGCGCAUCCUCCUCAUCAACGAAAAGACCAGCAACAACAGCCAGCAGGAGGACUUCCGCUCCGUCAGCUUCCCGAAAUUGACCGUCAUCACCGGCUACCUGCUUCUGUUUCGUGUCUCGGGCCUCGAUAGCCUCAGUGUGCUCUUCCCCAACCUGAGCGUCAUUCGUGGGCACAACCUCUUCUACAACUACGCCCUCGUGAUCUAUGAGAUGACCAGCUUAAAAGACAUUGGGCUUUACAACCUGAGGAACAUCACCCGUGGGGCCAUGAGGAUUGAAAAGAACCCUGAGCUCUGCUACCUGGACUCGGUGGACUGGUCAUUUAUUAUGAAUACUGAGUUCAACAAUGUUAUCAACGGGAACAAGAAGGCAAAGGAAUGUGACAACGUCUGCCCGGGGAUCAUGGAGGAUAACCCUCUUUGUCAGCAGACGACGUUCAAUGACAAUCGUAACUACCGCUGCUGGACCUCCAACCAUUGCCAGAAAGUUUGCCCGAAGCAAUGUAGGCUUGCCUGUACGGACAAGGGGGAGUGUUGCCACAACCAGUGCCUCGGUAGCUGCACCGAACCCAACAAUGACAUGUCCUGCUCCGCCUGUCUCCACUACUACCACGAGGGUCGGUGUGUCCCAAACUGUCCCCCGGGCACCUACAAGUUUGAGGGCUGGCGCUGCAUUACCAUGGAACUGUGCGCUCAAGUGCAUCUGGCCAGCGAUUUUCACUUUGUCAUCCACGAUGGAGAGUGUAUGCUCGACUGUCCCUCUGGCUUCACACGUAACGAGACUAAUCGUAUGCUAUGCAGUGCUUGUAAUGGCCCGUGUGAUAAGGUCUGCAGAUCCACUGUCAUCGAUUCUGUGAAUGCUGCCGAGUUCCUGCAGGACUGCACCGUCAUCGAUGGCAAUCUGGACAUCAAUAUCCGCCGUGGAAAUAAUAUAGCCCCCGAGCUUGAGAGAUUCAUGGGAUUGAUCCAGACAGUGACGGGCUAUGUUAAGAUUCGACACUCCGACGCUCUUGGCUCGCUGUCCUUCCUCAAGAGCCUACGUUACAUCAAGGGGCAGGAACUCAUCGACAACAUGUAUUCAUUCUCCGCCAUCAACAAUCAGAAUCUGAAGUACUUGUGGAACUGGACUGAGCACAACCUGACUAUUAGCAGUGGACGUCUAUUCUUCCGUCAGAACCCCAAACUCUGCAUGUCUGAGAUCUACAAGAUGUGGGAUAAAACUGGCAUAGCUGUGAAGCCAGAGGAAGGGGAUUUCCGCAACAAUGGCGAAAGAGCCAAUUGUGAAAGCCAUAUCUUGAAAUUCAAAUCCAACAUCACAUCCAGCCAUGUGAUCAAUCUGACAUGGGAGCGCUACCAGCCCCCCAAAAAUGGAACCCUUAUCAGCUUCAUCAUUUACUACAAGGAAUCUCCUUUCCAGAACAUCACUGAGUUUGAUGGCCAGGAUGGCUGUGGCUCAAAUAGCUGGCACAUGGUGGAUGUGGAUCUUCCUAAAGAUAAUAACAAUGACCCAAAUGUCAGACUUCAGCACCUCAAGCCUUGGACUCAGUAUGCUAUUUUUGUGAAGGCCAUCACCCUGCAAGAGAGCGACAAAGAUGCCACUGGAGCAAAGAGUGACAUCAUUUAUAUUCGCACACACCCAUCGUUGCCGUCUGUGCCUAAAGAUGCCCGUGCAUAUGGUAAUUCCUCAACAAAGCUGGUGGUGAAGUGGUCACCUCCACUUUUGCCCAACGGCAAUCUCACUUACUACCUGGUCCGCUGGCAGCGUCAAGCUGAGGAUAGGGAGCUCUACCAACAUGACUACUGCUCCAAAGACUUGAAGAUCCCAAUCCGAAUCCCGGCGUCGGAGCUCACAGACAUGGAAGAGAACUUAAAGCCCACGAAGUCAGACCUAGCAGGGCCAGAAAAGGUCCUGUGCUGUGCUUGCCAGAAGACAGCAGAAGAGAAGGACCGUGAGAAGGACGACCGUGUCUUCUUGAAAGUUUUUGAGAAUUUCCUCCACAAUUCCAUCUUUCUGGCAAGACCUCAAGAGCGUCGGCGCAGAGACCUUUCUGGUACAGCAAACAACACACUGUUUUAUGAGGGCGGCAGAGGGAAUACCACUCUCGGCGCAGGGGAUAACAGUACAGAUGGCAUUCCUCCUAACGUAGAGUUCCCCUUCACUGAAGACAAGAGCACAACAGAGUAUUUAGAGAUCCCCAAUCUGCGGCCCUUCACCGUCUACCGCAUUGAUAUCCAUGCGUGCAACGAGGUGGUGGGGAAGUGCAGCGCUGGAGCUUUCGUCUUCUCCAGGACCAAACCUGCAGUCAAGGCGGAUGACAUCCCGGGCAAGGUGAUUUUUGAGAGGUGUGACAAAAUCGAGGGGUGUGUGGUGCUGCACUGGCCAGAGCCCGUUAUGCCCAAUGGACUCAUCUUGAUGUAUGAGAUCAAGUUCCGCCUGGGUAAUGAGCCUGAGAAGCACAAGUGUGUGUCGCGACAGGAUUACCGCCGGUACAAAGGAGCUCGACUAACCAACCUUGGCUCGGGGAACUACUCCGCCCGAGUGCGUGCCACUUCCCCGGCAGGAAACGGCUCCUGGACAGAAAGUGUUUUCUUCUAUGUGUCUCCACCUAAACGUGAUGACGGUGUUACGUUGUAUGUGGUCAUCAUAAUUCCCAUCAUUGUGACAAUUUUUGUCGCCGGCCUCAUCACCAUCCUCUUCUAUGUGAACAAAAAGAGGAACAGUGACAGACUGGGGAACGGCGUCCUGUAUGCAUCAGUCAAUCCAGAGUACCUCAGUGCUACUGAGAUGUAUGUCCCAGAUGAGUGGGAGGUAGCAAGGGAGAAGAUCACUAUGCACAGGGAACUGGGCCAGGGAUCCUUCGGCAUGGUGUACGAAGGCAUCGCAAAGGGAGUAGUGAAGGACGAACCUGAAACGAGAGUGGCCAUCAAGACGGUCAAUGAGACGGCCAGCAUGAGGGAGCGAAUUGAGUUUUUGAACGAGGCCUCUGUCAUGAAGGAGUUCAACUGUCACCAUGUGGUGCGGCUGCUUGGCGUGGUCUCUCAGGGACAGCCAACCUUAGUGAUUAUGGAGCUGAUGACUCGCGGAGAUCUCAAGAGCCACCUGCGCUCCCUGCGCAAAGAAAACGCCACCAGCCAGGUCUUACCCCCACUCAAAAAGAUGAUCCAGAUGGCUGGAGAAAUCGCAGACGGUAUGGCGUACCUAAACGCCAACAAAUUUGUCCACAGAGAUCUGGCAGCGAGGAACUGCAUGGUAGCAGAGGACUUCACUGUGAAGAUUGGAGAUUUUGGCAUGACCAGAGAUAUUUAUGAGACGGACUACUACCGAAAAGGAGGAAAGGGCCUGCUGCCUGUCCGCUGGAUGUCUCCAGAGUCACUGAAAGAUGGCGUGUUUACUACAAUGUCUGAUGUCUGGUCAUUUGGUGUCGUGCUGUGGGAAAUCGCCACCUUAGCUGAACAGCCUUACCAGGGGAUGUCCAAUGAACAAGUGCUGCGCUUUGUCAUGGAGGGAGGACUCUUGGACAAACCUGACAACUGCCCUGACAUGCUGUUUGAACUGAUGCGAAUGUGCUGGCAGUAUAACCCUAAGAUGCGUCCGUCCUUCUUGGAGAUCAUCAGCAGCAUCAAAGACGAACUGGAUCCUCCCUUCAGGGAAGUGAGCUUCUUCUACAGCGAGGAGAACAAGCCGCCGGACACAGAGGAGCUGGACAUGGAGGUAGAAAACAUGGAGAACAUUCCACUGGACCCUUCAUCCGUGAGGCAGCCGUCGACUGCUGUCAUUUCCUCGUCUGGGUGUGCAGGAGGCAUGUCUCCUCCUUCUACGCAUCAGUUAUCCCCCAUGCAAGGCCCGAGUACGCCAUUACUGGGACCUGUUUCUAACUCUCCUCCCGGCCCACUUGCUUCAGCCUUGGCGUCUCCAGGACUAGCCUUGGACAAGCACUCAGGACAUGCUUCGGCCAACGGGCCUGUCGUGGUGCUGCGGCCCAGUUUUGAUGAGAUACAACCCUAUGCACACAUGAACGGGGUCAGAAAGAACGAACGGGCGCUACCACUGCCCCAGUCAUCAGCCUGCUGAUAUCAGACCAGCCCUCUCCUCCUUCCCCUUUUACACAGGGUAUCACAGACCUCUCAUCUGUCUCUUAAGGAGGGAUGGAUGAGGUAAGAAAUUGCUUUCUUCUACUGUUUGCCAGUAGAUGGUCUCUCCACUCUUAAGGUCAAACAUAAACUCGGAAGAAAUGGAAAACAAGAUAGCACAGAGCAAUUGGUGGCUCAAGCUCAACACUGGGAAACUCCAUCCUGCGCAGCCUGUAUCUGAGUCUUUGUUAUGUAAGAGUCCUUAAAGAAGGAAAACGAUACAGGCAUGUAUCCUGACUUACAGAUUUACACAUGAACUUUAAGAAAAUCUUCUUUCUUUUUUUAAAGCAUAUCUGCCAGCAAAACCAACAGAAGAGCACUUUUUCCUCAUGAUUUCAGAGGUGAUGUGAUGGAUAUUCAAGUGUGUAUUUAUACACAUAAUACAUAAUACAGCAUAGCUCCAUUUCUAAAAUUACUUUCCAUCAAAAUGACUGUAUUCACAUGAGCAGACUGCCUCAUGUUGCGUGAGGAUUAGAAAGGUUCCAACUUUUCUGAUCCUCUAAGAUCUUUUUUUUUCUUUCAUUUUAUUUUACUGUCGAUGUUUCUAUGGGAUUUUGUCCUGUGUAGGUCAGAAUGGUAGAGGAAGAUCUAUUUUCUGCCAGACUAUUGCCAAAUCAUGCUUUCUCUUCAGUUUCCUAAAAGGUGUCCCUUCUUACUGACGAUUGUGGUUCAGAGUUGUCUGUGUGAAAGAUAAUGCCAAGAUUGCCUGGCUGUUUUCAGUCUUCAUGUUUAUCUGUCACUGCUCCUGGAGCAGCUGUGUGUAGGAGUUUGCUGCCUUCACCAUUGGUUAUCACUUAUUUUCUAUGUUUAACGCAGAUUUUACUGGUUCCAUCUCAAAACUGAGGACUGGCUGACUUGUUCUCAGCCUAUGUAAUAAUUUUUCUCUUUUUCUGUGUGCACACCAAUCACAUGGCGGUAUAGUGGUAAGAGCUGUCGCCUCACAAAGUAGAAGGUUCUGUGUUCAAACGCUGGCUGCGGACACUGUGUGGAGUUGACAUGUUUUCCCUGUGCCUCUGUGGGUUCUCUCCAGGUACUCUGGCUUCUUCCCACAGUCCAAAGACGUGCAUGUUAGGUCAAUUGGUGUUUCUAAAUUGGCCACGGAUGUCUGCUACAGCCUGCAUCCAUGGCUAUUUAAAAUGUGACUGAGUGGUCAGCAAGACUAAUAAAGCACUAAAUAUGUGAGAGCAUUACAAACACCUGACAGAUUUUCAGAAAAAGAGAAAAGCCGUGGUGCUGAUUGGCUAAUCAAAAGUUUGCUUGCCCACCUACAUGCCCUUCAUUACUUUCAUCUUUCAAACAUCUGAGGGAAGAAGGCAUGUGAUUGAAGCACAGCCAACUCUGAGUCACAGCCUCUGUCUUUGUUUAAUUUAUUUGAAAAAAGAAAGAAAAAGAAAAAAAAAAAGACUGAAAACAUCAAAGCAUCAGAAGGUCGCACUUCAAAUGAGCAAAUCACUGAACUUUAUACUUUACGAAUACAACUCUGGCUCCACUUUGACUUCUUCUAACCUUUUUUUUUCUGAGAUUUUCAAUUGUGCAUUUCACAGUGGGAGGUGAACAUGGUUCGCCGGCACUGCUGUACCGAAUACAACGCAAGAGACAGAAAAUGAGGUGAUUUUAGUAGCCUAGAGACAGCUUUCAAGUCACAGGUGGUCUCUUUUUAGAACAGUCAAUAGUUUAUCUACAUUUCAAACACAUAUAAAGGUCUUACAGUUGUAUUUUUGACUGCAGGAUCGUUUUUAUACACUCAUUGGUU